CAAUCGCACACUCAGAUGACUGCUGCAGCUUAUACUGUUUACAACUGAAAAUACAAAAUGCAAUGCAAAGGCAGUUAGGAGCUUUCAGUGCUGAGAUAUCCUCACUAUAAAGGACUUGCUGCAACUGCAAGGGUGUGAUCACAAGAGCAGACAGAGUGGGAGGGAGGGAUCCCAUUCUUCCUAUGCAGGGCUGUUAUCUGAUGUGGAUAAGUGUGGCACAUGAACUGCAGGCGUAACAGACUUGCUUCACAUAGACAGGUCCCUGGGAAACACACUGUACGUCUCACAGUGGACAUACUGAAGCCUCCUCUCUUUUGUUGGAACUUGUCCUAGACAACAGUGCCUGCAGGCCUAUCCAUUGUAGUUCUCCAUCUUCGAAAUUACUUCUUGAUUGCAUGCUUACAGAGCAGUUGGACUGACAGAGACCAGUACAAGCAGUAUGUUGCAGACAGUCAGCGAGUGGCUGUGGUGGGAUCAUCUGUGGCUGCCAGCAAACGUCUCCUGGUCCGAUCUGGAGGACAGUGAAGGUCGUGUCUACGCUAAAGCCUCUCAACUUUACGCUGUUUUGCCCUGUGCCCUCUGCAUGCUUCUGGUCAGAUACCUGUUUGAGAGUUACCUGGCCUCACCACUGGCUGAUGUUUGUGGAGUCAGGAAUAGGAUACGUGUCACAGCACAGCCAAAUUCUAUCCUAGAAAACUACUUCUGCAGCAAAACACGGGUUCCAUCACAGGCUGAUGUGAGGUCUCUGUGUAAGAAGACCAGUUGGCCAGAGAGGAAGGUUCAAGUCUGGUUCAGGAGGAGGAGGAACCAGGACCGUCCAGCACUUCGUAAGAGGUUCUGUGAGGCCAGUUGGAGAUGUGUGUUUUAUUUUUUUGCAUUUGUGUAUGGAGUCCUAGCUCUCCAUGAUAAACCUUGGUUUUAUAAUCUGAAGGAGGUCUGGAAAGGCUUCCCUAAACAAUCCAUGUUGCCUUCUCAGUACUGGUAUUACCUCUUGGAAAUGGGCUUCUACCUUUCUCUGCUCUUCAGCCUCACUUUUGAUGUGAAAAGGAAGGACUUCAGAGAGCAGGUGAUUCAUCAUAUAGCCACACUGACUCUUCUGAGUUUCUCCUGGAUUUCAAACUACAUCCGUAUUGGAACCCUUGUGAUGGUACUUCAUGACUCUACUGACAUACUGUUGGAGGGUGCAAAGGUACUCAACUAUGCAAAGUGGCACCUGACUGCUAACGUCAUGUUUGCAGUGUUUACAAUUCUCUUCAUGUUGACAAGACUUGUCAUUUUUCCUUUCUGGCUGAUCCACUGUACAUGGGUGUACCCAGUAGAGGAUUUUGCUCCCUUCUUCGGCUACUACUUCUUCAAUGUGAUGUUGUCAGUGCUACAAGUGCUCCACUUCUACUGGGCUGUUCUCAUAUCACGGAUGUUUUAUAAGUGUAUCUUCAGCAAGCUGGAAGGCGACGACAGAAGCGAUGAAGAGGAGGAUGACACGGACUCAUCAAGGGAAAGAAACCACAAAUCGAGUCACAUACAUAGCUCUGGAGCCAGAGGCCGGGCCAAUGGCCACUGACACAUACAAACAGAAAAAAAAGGAAAAUGGACAGCAGAGACAUGGACAUGUUCAGUAAUGCAUAUACACUGAUACACAGAGAACUGUGAAGGAUUAUACAGAAACAGAUUUGAAGCUGCAUGGUUUCUGGAAUUCACAAAACCCAACAACUACCUUAUUAUUCUCCUAAUUAAAAACAGAGGAAGACUGGUUUAACAUGUUGUUUUUGCAUCUUUGUGCGUUGUUGAGAAUAAUCAUGACGACAAUGACAAUAAUAACUUGUGUGUUUGCUGGAGAACACUCAUACAAAUCCAAAAGCACUACAGGAAAAAUGUAAAAAAUGUUGUAACCUGUGACUUACUCUGUGUGUGUGUGUGUGUUCUAUGUUUGUUUUUUUAAACUGUAUAAUGAGUCAGUA